CCUCCGACGAUUGCUACAACAUUGAUCGGGCGAAUGGCUGCGCUUUGUAAGAAUCCAAUAUGGCCGAAGUAAACGGAGAAGUGGAAAUUGAUAUAACUGAGGGGUGUAGAAUGCCUGUCCGAAUGAAUAAUUCUGACGAAUGGCCUCUUGCUGAAAUUAUUAGUAAAAGGCAGUCGACGGAUGGAUGGGAGUAUUACGUUCAUUACAUCGAUUUUAAUAAAAGAUUGGAUGAAUGGGUAUCAGAUGAUAGACUAAACAAGAGAAAAAUAACCCUCCCAAAGAAGGAAGAUCUUAAAAAGCUUAGUAAAGGCUCUGCCGGCAGCAGACCUCCUUCACCAGAAAGAGAGCUUGUAAAUGGCACUGGGGCAAGGCCAAAAUCAGUCAUUGGUCGCAAGAGGAAAGCUAAUGCUAGUGAAAAAGUAUCAGAUGACAUAAUUCUGGAAAGUCAAGACAGCCCUACAAAAGAUACUCCGCCUAAAAUCAGCAGUCUUCGUAACCAUGGCAGCAUGGUGCAUGAUAGAAGUAAUGACGACAUUGUUACAAGAAUGAAAAACAUUCAAAUGGUUCAGUUGGGUAAAUUCAGGAUACGACCAUGGUACUUCUCACCAUAUCCUCAAGAGUUCACCAAGCUACCUUUGAUCUAUCUUUGUGAAUUCUGCUUGAAGUUUGUUAAGAGUUUUAUAUGCUUAAAAAGACACAUGGAAAAGUGCACUCUUUAUCAUCCACCUGGCAAUGAAAUCUACAGAAACGGAACUAUUUCAUUCUUUGAGAUAGAUGGAAGGAAGAACAAGAUUUAUGCGCAAAACCUUUGUCUACUUGCAAAGAUGUUUCUGGACCAUAAAACUCUAUACUACGACACAGAUCCUUUCUUAUUUUACAUCAUGACAGAAAGAGAUUCUUCUGGAUUUCAUAUUGUUGGGUUUUUCUCAAAGGAAAAAGAAUCAACUGAAGAUUAUAAUGUUGCAUGUAUUUUAACCCUGCCACAACAUCAAAGAAAGGGAUAUGGAAAGCUUCUUAUAGAAUUCAGUUAUGAACUGUCAAAGUUUGAAGGAAAAACAGGGACACCAGAGAAACCAUUAUCAGACCUCGGGCUUCUUUCUUACAGAAGCUACUGGUCACAGACAAUUCUAGAAAUAUUAGUGGAAUUAAAAUCAGAAGACGGCAGUCCCCCUUCUAUAACAAUUAAUGAAAUUUGUGAGCUGACAAGCAUACGCAAGGAAGAUGUAGUAUCAACACUGCAGCAUCUAGGUUUAAUUCACUAUUAUAAAGGACAAUAUAUUCUUAGUUUAAACAGUGAAGUUCUUGAUGGACAUAAAAGAGCAAUGGCCAAAAGAAAAAUACGAAUAGAUUCGAAUUGUCUACACUGGACUCCUAAAGAUUGGGCAAAAAGGGGGAAAUGGUGACAUGGUGUAACUAGCACUGUUUGUACAUAUCACUAUGUAAUAUUGUAUUAUUAUAACUGUUACUUAAAAGUUCAUCAUGUGGAUAGGAAUAUAUAUAGAAAUUGUGAACAUUAGAUUUUGAACCUAGACCCUAAAAAAGUGCUUAUCAGAAAACAAACAAAMAAAAAAAAAAAAAAAAWUUAAAGUU